UUUUAACAUCAUCACAAUUAAUUUUAAAUAAAAAAAUCAAAAUCUAUCCACACAGACCGAAACGCCAGACGGGGUCCUCGUGAUAGGGACAAGGAGGUCCGAACAGCUUGUCUGAAUACUGAUUCAACGUAUGGAUUUCAUUCAUUAAUAGUACAUCGCUGCAGCUGUCCUGCUGCUAAGUGGAAAUGGGUUUGAAAGCAGCAGUUCCAUUCGUAGGGAUGGUAAUGGCAGAGUGUGCACAAGUUGGGCUAAUGAUUUUAAGCAAAGCAGCCAUGUCAGAUGGCAUGACCAAUUUCAUCUUUGUCCUUUACUCCAAUGCCCUUGCUUCCCUCAUUCUUCUCCCUUCUUCUUUCUUCCUUCACAGAUCAGAGAGACCUCCACUCACCUUCCCUAUUCUCUGUGGAUUCUUCUUGCUUGGUCUAUUUGGCUGGUUGGCUCAGAUAUUUGGGUAUGCGGGGAUUAACUUGAGCUCUGCUACACUGGGCACUGCCAUGCUCAACCUCAUUCCUGGUCUUACUUUCAUACUUGCCGUUGCUUUCAGGAUGGAGAAACUUGACUGGAGGAGCUCCAGUGCCUUAGUUAAAUCAACGGGAACAGUAGUAUCGGUUGCAGGGGCAUUCAUUGUCUGUUACUACAAGGGCCCCCCACUUCUGAUGGCACCCUCUACUUCGAACUUGCCUCAUGAGCUUCUCUCACAGCAGCAAAAUUGGAUUAUUGGAGGACUGCUCCUUGCAGUUGAUUGUGUUAUGGCUUCUGCAUGGCUAAUUAUACAGGCAUUGAUCCUUAAGAAAUAUCCAGCAGAGCUUAUUGUAGUCUUUUUUUACUGCUUCUCUGUGACCAUUCUGUCUACAAUAGUUUGUUUGUUUAUGGAGAGGGACCCUGGUGCUUGGAGUUUAAAACCUACUGUAAGAUGGAUUGCUGUUGUGUAUUCGGGAGUUUUUGGCUCUGCAUUCCAAGUUGGCAUUUCUACUUGGUGCCUGCAUAAGACAGGACCUGUUUUUGUUGCAAUGUUCAAGCCCUUGGGAAUUGUCAUCGCAGCUGCUGUUAGUACCAUCUGCUUAAGGGAUACUUUGUAUCUUGGAAGGUAUAUUUUCUUUUUUUGUUUGAAGGUGGUAAUAGGUUUGAUAUUUUAUCGUGCUGCCAAGUUAGUUCUAUUCCUACCUUGUUAUAUUAUCUUUCUCUCUAUAAUAAAGAGAAGACACAAGGACCCAUCAUUUACCAUCCUAGUUGAAAUAUUUAGUUUGGUCGGCGCAACUGUGAUUGUCAUCGGGUUUUAUUCGGUGAUGUGGGGAAAAGCCAAAGAAGAAAAGGUGGGAGUGGAUGAUGGGGUGAGGAGCUUUGAAUCAAGCAGCCAAAAGGUCCCACUCCUGCAAAGCCAUACAGAAGAAACAUGGUAGUUUAGUACAGCAAACAAAAGAAAGGUCCAUAACAGGAGGAAGAAGAAGUCCAGAUAAAAUAAUAUGUUAGAUGCAUAAACACAUCAGUUUCUGAUAAUGUAGAGAUGAGAGAUAUCAGCUUGUGGAAUGACCAAUGUAUGAGCUCAGGAAGGUCAGCCCCUUCUUCAGUGGGAUGAUUAAUGUGGAGGAGGAAUAGAGUUGGAACCCAACAGCAAUGCACAGGGUAAGCUCACUUCCUAAAAAGGGAAAGAAAUUCAUCCUCAUGAAAUAUCUGUUGAAAAUCUCCACAUUUAUUGGAUUGUUAAUUAAUAAUCAUGUAUUGUUCUCUCAA